AUGGCUCCUGCAAAAUUGAAGCCAGGCAAUUUAAAAGAUCCUGAAGUGGCUGAACUAUUUUCUACAAAGGAUCCGGAAAGCCGAUAUGAAGAUUUACGUGAAAUUGGUCAUGGUGCAUUUGGAGCUGUCUUUUAUGCACUCGAUAGAGAAACUAAAGAGCCAGUGGCAAUAAAGAAAAUGAAUUUUUCUGGAAAGCAAUCGUUGGAUAAAUGGAAUGAUAUUAUACGAGAAGUUAGAUUUCUUCGGUCUAUUCAACAUCCUCAAAUAGUUCGAUUCAAGGCUUGUUUUUUGAAGGAACAGACAUGCUGGUUUUUUUAA